AUUUAUUUCAGCAAAUACAACAACAAUCUCUAAUCCAAACCUCUUCAAUCUUCAUAAUUCUAAGCUAUUUCCUCAACUUCUUUAAUUUCUCUUCUGCUUAGAAAAAAAAAAUGAACAAAACAACUUUAGCUCUAGUUACUACUCUUCUAGGAUUAUGUUUCCUUAACAUUACUGUUCAAGCCUUUGUGGCUUCUAGAUGGCAAAGGGCUCAUGCCACGUUCUAUGGCGGUAGCGACGCUUCUGGAACUAUGGGAGGAGCUUGUGGGUACGGUAACCUGUACUCAACUGGGUAUGGGACUAGCACCGCGGCUCUAAGUACUGCAUUAUUCAACAAUGGUGCUUCAUGUGGGCAAUGCUACAGGAUCAUGUGUGACUAUAAGACAGAUCCUAAGUGGUGCAGGAAGGGAGGCUCGGUCACUAUUACCGCGACUAACUUCUGCCCUCCUAAUUAUGCAUUGCCAAACAAUGCUGGAGGCUGGUGCAACCCUCCUCGCCAACACUUCGACAUGGCUCAACCUAUUUGGGAGAAGAUUGGCAUCUACAGAGGUGGAAUCAUUCCUGUCCUGUUUCAAAGGGUUUCUUGCAUAAAGAGAGGGGGAGUAAGAUUUACUAUCAAUGGAAGGGACUACUUUGAGCUUGUAUUGAUCAGCAAUGUAGGUGGUGCAGGAUCAAUCAAAUCUGUUUCGAUCAAAGGAUCGAAAACGAACUGGAUGUCGAUGUCUAGGAACUGGGGGGCUAACUGGCAGUCAUUGGCUUACCUUAAUGGACAAACACUCUCCUUCAAAGUCACUACUACUGAUGGCCAAACACAAACAUUUAACAACAUAAUUCCUGGUAAUUGGAGGUUUGGACAAACGUUUUCGAGUCGUUUACAGUUCAAGUAACAUGAUGAGGCGCCUGCAGGCUGCAGCUGCGUGCUUGCAGUACAGUGUACUGUCAACUGGUGUGGGUUUAGGCCAGGAUUAUGAUAGGCAGAGGUGUGCAUAUUCAUUGAAGCAGCCCGCCAAAUCUAUCAUUUAUAAUAACAUAGUCCAUACUGUGGCUUAAUAGGAAGCAACAACUAUAAUUACUUUGUUGUUUUCACCACCCUAUACAUUAUACAUACAUAUCUUUUGUAAUUUCUUUUGGUUUGUUUUGUGUCAUUAGUGUCAGUGAAUUCAUGUGAUAUCUGAAUUCAACACUACCCUGUCUAUGUUACCACAAAGUUUAAUGGAAAACAUACUUUUAACUA